CCUGUCUAGUGCGGAGGAAGUUAGGCUCCCGUCUAUUCACUACCGUCGUCGAUCCGUUCAACUCCACAAUUAAUCCCAUGAGACAAUUUCAAAACCAACUGUUCCUGAACGAAAUUUUGGACUUACUCUCGGCGACUAGCACUUUUGAGGCCGAAGUUGGGCCUUCCUCCCCACCGAUCCGCAACAUGUACCAACCUUCCGGGCUGCGUGUACUGGAAGUCAACCCGUACUUAACUUGUGUGCUGUGCGGCGGAUAUUUUGUAGACGCUACCACGAUAAUUGAGUGUCUCCAUUCAUCUCAGAAUAAACAUAUUGUUCGUGGUAAAGAACAUGUUAGUGCAUAAAUUGCAUUUCUGGUAAACCUUGGUGUCUCAUCUUCCGAAUAA